AUCAAACCUAUAAAAUUGUGAAACCUUUGAUAGAUUAUUUAAAACAGGUUAAAAAUGAGUUAAAAGAAAGUGAAAUUGAGGAAAAUAAGUUUAAAGAAUUAAAUGUAAAAAUUCAUAAAAAAUCCAUGAGGGAGGCAGCUCUAUUAGAUGAGUAUAAAAACAAAGUAAUGAAAGGAGAAAACGAUUUGCAAUCGUGUCAAAUUAAAGUUGAUAAAUUAGAAUCUGAAAUUAAUUCACUACAAAAUAUGAUUGUGAAACUAAAAGAAGAGUUAGCUGAUAAAUCCACAAACUUAGAAAAUUGCGAACUUCAAUUCAAAAAUCUUAAUUCUAGCUUAAUUGAAAAAGAUGAAAAUAUAAAGAGAUUUAGUGAGAAUAUUCAAAAUAGUACUGAAUAUCAGAAAACACUUGAGUUGAAAUUAGAGAAGAGUAAAACUAAAUUAAUAAAGCAAGAUAAAGAUAUUCAGUUAUGCCAAACUGAAAUUGGUACAUUGAACAGGACAUCAGAAAAUAUUAGAGAACAACAUAAAAGAAUUGAAUUGCAAUUUAAAGAUAGUCAAAGUAAGCUAAUAGAUAAGGUGAAGGAAAAUCAGUUAUGCCAAACUGAAAUUGGUACAUUGAACAGGACAUCAGAAAAUAUUAGAGAACAACAUAAAAGAAUUGAAUUGCAAUUUAGAGAUAGUCAAAGUAAGCUAAUAGAUAAGGUGAAAGAAAAUCAGUUAUGCCAAUCUGAAAUUUAUACAUUGCACAGGACAUCAGAAAAUAUCAGAGAACAACAGAAAAGAAUUGAAUUGCAAUUUAAAGAUAGUCAAAUUAAGCUAAUAGAUAAGGUGAAAGAAAAUACGUUAUGCCAAUCUGAAAUUAAUACGUUGCACUGGAUAUUGGUAAAUAUCAGAGAAGAACAGAAAAAAAUUGAAUUGCAAUUUAAAGAUAGUCAAACUAAACUAAUAGAUAAGGUGAAAGAAAAUCAGUUAUGUCAAUCUGAAAUUGAUACAUUGCACAGGACAUCAGAAAAUAUCAGAGAACAACAGAAAAAAAUUGAAUUGAAAUUUAAAGAUAGUCAAACUAAGCUAAUAGAUAAGGUGAAAGAAAAUCAGUUAUGUCAAUCUGAAGUUGAUACAUUGAAUAAGACUUUACCCAAUACUAUUAUCCCAUCAAGUUGCUCUCCUUUUGGCGAUUAUCCUGGUGUUCAUGAAAUAAGAGUUUCUGGAGUUGGUUUCUUCGAUGUGUUAUGCGAUAGUCAGUUAGGUGGACCUGGAUGGAUUGUAAUACAACAGCGAGUUGGGGGAAAGGAGAAUUUUAAUAGGGAUUGGGCAGCAUAUCGCGAAGGCUUCGGUUUUCAUAAGAGUGAUUUCUUCCUCGGAUUGGAGAAAAUACAUCGUAUCACGAGCUUGCAACGUUCCGAACUGUAUAUACAUUUGGUUGCUGUGAAUGGGACUGUUUACUUCGCUCGUUAUGACGACUUCAAAAUAUCUAAUGAAGACAAUGGAUACAAACUGAGUUUGGGUAAAUUCAAUGGAAAUGUGAAAGAUGCAAUGAGAAACGGUGACAACAUGAAAUUCUCAACAUUCGAUCGCGAUAAUGAUCGAUCUGGCGAUGGUAAUUGCGCGAAGGCAUUUAGUAGUGGUUGGUGGUACACCAAUUGUUUUUAUUGUAAUUUAAAUCAGGAACAUUUAAUUCACCAAUCGAUCGAACUUAAAGAAAUUAAGAUGUUAGUACGCCCCAAGCAAUGAAGAAAUGAACAACUGUAGAGCUGAAGUUUUGGUGUUUGACUCUUUUUUGUAAUCGUUUAUAUGUAUAUGUAUACUUUCUUAAAAAAUACUCUAUAGAUUAUGAAUAUUAAAAAAUAUCAGUUUUAAUUG